CAUCGCGCGCGUGUCUGUGUGUUUUAUUCAUAGCGGGAGUUUGCAGGAGAUCAGUGUGAUAUUAACAAUUAUUAAAGCUAAUUACUGCUCAAAAUGCUUAAGGAAAACCCCUGGAAUAUUCCGGUGACCGCUCCGGCGUGUAUGGAUAAACAUCUGGACGCCAUCGACUACAGGAAAGAUGGCGCGCUGCUGCUGGCCGCCUCCAGUCUGUCGGGCCGCUGUUGGCAGGGCUCGCUGUGGGUCUACAGUGACCCCAAACUAGCCCCCAGUGAGGGCUUCUGCAGGGCGGGGGUCCAGACGGAAGCCGGAGUCAGUGACGUACACUGGAUAUCAGAGCGCGCGCUGCUGCUGGCCUCAGACUCAGGCUCAGUGGAACUGUGGGAUCUGGCGGAGGACGAGCGUCUGCUGGUGAACAGAUUCAGUCAGCAGGAACAUGGUGAUGUGGUGACGGGGGUGAGCGCGUGUGUUGGUGGACGAACCGCUGUCAGCUGUAGUACUGACUGCAGGAUCAAAGUGUGGGAUCUGAACCAGGAGACCGUCGUCAACUCGUACAGUGCUCACUCUCAGCCGAUUAGUGGUGUAUCGUGUUCUCCAGUUGACGAGUUUCUCUUCCUGUCCUGUGCUCAGGAUGGACGGCUGCUGCUGUGGGACCAUCGCAAAGACAAACCAGCCACUCGCAUCGAUAUGCAGUCCCCCAGCUGUAGCCCCAGCGCAGUCGUCUGGCACCCACAGCACAGCAGCACCAUCGCCUACGGUGAUGAACUGGGCAGAGUGACCGUGAAGGAUCUGAAGGCUUCAGAUGGUGUGAAGACGACACACACUCACAGACGGCGGGUCAACAGACUGGCCUACUCUGACGACAGUGCUGCUCUUCUGGCCUCUAUCAGUGACGACUGCUCCGUUGCUGUACACACUGCAGAACUCAGAGAAAUUUUCAGAGACCGGCGGCACCAGGACUUUGUUCGGGGUGUGUGUUGGUCUCCGGGCGGCUCGUCUGCGCUGACCACUGUGGGCUGGGACCAUCAGGUGCUGCACCACACACCCGCGCUCUAGAGCAUCAUGGGAAAUCAUCUGCGCACUAGAGCAUCAUGGAAAAUCUCUCCGUGCACACUAGAGCAUCAUGGGUAAUCCCAACGUUGGCAUAUCUGGAGCCAUCAAACAGUCAUGAGUUCCUCCGUCAUCAUUAUGGUUAGCAAACAAACACAUUUAGCAGCAGAGAUUAGCAGGAAUUCACAUACUCCACGUGUUGAUGUUCAAUAAAGCUUCUGUCAUCUGUUUA